AUGUUCAAGAAGGUCUUUAAAGGCGGCUCCAAAAAGUCUAAAGAUGGUCCGAAGGAGAGUGAUCGACGCAAAGUGAUGGUGGUGAGCGCCGAUCACGGCCUGGUCGGCAAGCGCGUGCUUCCUGGAUUGGCAUCGAGGAAAUUGCUGGAUGUCUACGCCGGUGUCACGGAUCCAAAUCGCUUUCCGGACAUGGACGACGUGACCGUCAUGAAGGCCGACAUGGACGACAAGAAUAGUCUCUUCAAAGCCUUCAAGUCCAAAAAGUUUGAUCGCGUGGUGAUUGUCACUCCGGGCAAUCGGGCCGAUUGGGCGGAAAACGCUCUGGAAGCGGCCGAUCAGUGCAAGGCUACCAAAUUCGUGGUCUUGAUCAGUCUCGUCAUGGCUCCGGUGCGAGAGACAUUCUUUGGAGACAAUUAUGAUGACAUGGAAAAGGCCGCCAAACAGUAUUUCCCAUUUGGAUACUGCAUCCUGCGACUACCGUUAUUGAUGGACGCCAUGAUUCCACUCUGUGCACCCUCCAUUCGCACCAGUCAAUCCUUUAAAGAUCCACGUGAUCCAGAGAAACCAUUCCGGUGUAUUGCCUUGCAAGAUGUCGCCACGGCCGUGACACACAUCAUCACAAAACCAUCCCAACACAUGGAGAAAAUAUACCACCUCGUUGGACCUUCCGUGACGGUGGCAAAACAAGCCGAUGCCAUCACCAAGGCCAUUGGCACCAAAGUCACACACGAACCGGAAGACUACGAACAAUAUCGGGAAACGUUGGAAGAUGCACAUGUACCCGAAUGGUCCAUUACAGGGACACUGGAAAUAUAUAAAUGCAUUGACGAAGGCAACAAAUGGACCAACACUAAAAAGGCCGGAGACUAUGAGGAAAUCACCGGGGAAAAACCAACAUCGCUGCUCAAGUGGUGCCAAGCGAAUGAGGGUCAUUUUGAACCAGAAGAAGAGGAAGAUGAUGUAGAGUAA